UGUUAGCUGGAGCAGGCUGAUGCCUAUAAAACCUCGUGGAUAUAACCCAAUUUUCUUGGACGCUCUCGUGGUAUUUCGUGGCUUAGUGCUUACACGGGUUAUCAGUUUUUAGCAACACAUUUGCACUGGGUGCAAAAUGCCAAAGGACUCUGACCAGCCUUCAAAUGGAGACGAUGAUAAGCAAACAGAUCCAAAGGAGACAAGGGCCAAGGAGACAAGUGCUGAAGAGAAAAGUGAAGAUCCUGAAGCAUUAGUGCAGAAAAGAAUGAGACGAAACACGCCAAGUCCCCACAGGAUAACACCUCAAUCCAGCCCUCCUAUGUGUGUAUCUGUUGAGGAGCUGAUGGAGACAGCCAAAGGAGUCACUAACAUGGCACUGGCCCACGAGAUUGUGUUGAAUGGGAACUUCCAAAUGAAACCCCCUGAACCAGCUGAGGGAAGCUUGGAAAAAAGAGUAAAGGACAUUAUGCACAAAGCAUUCUGGGAUAGCCUUGAAGCGCAGAUGAAUCAAGAUCCGCCCUUGUAUGAUCAUGCAAUCAAGCUUGUUGGAGAGAUCAAAGAGACUCUGCUGUCCUUCCUGCUGCCGACGCAGGGCAGGCUGAGGGGUCAGAUCGAAGAGGCACUGGACCUCUCUCUCAUCCAGCAGCAGGCUGAGAAUGGGGCAUUGGACAUUGGGAGGGUAGCUCAGUUCAUCAUAGGCAUGAUGGGCGCCUUCUGUGCCCCUUGUAGAGAUGAAGACGUGAAGAAAUUGCACGAUAUCACCGACACUGUGCCGCUGCUAAAGGCCAUAUUCUCCGUCCUGGACAAGAUGAAAAUCGACAUGGCCAACUUUGCUGUCAGGAGCAUCCGUCCACAACUCCUACAGCACUCUGUAGAGUACGAGAGGAAGAAAUUUCAAGAGUUUCUUGAUAAACAGCCAAAUGCUCUGGAUUUCACUCGAAAAUGGCUGGAGGACUCGGCACACAAGCUAAGAAGUAGACAGGAGCAGAGUGAUGUGGCGGGGGCGGGGGCGGCUGCGGGACCCUCCUCCAGCCUUCAGCCCCUCACUGUACACAACCACGCUUACCUGUGUCUGCUCAAGUGGGACCAUGAUGCCUCGCCUUUUCCAGAGACACUGCUGAUGGACCAGGUUCGUUUCCAGGAGAUGCAGGUGGAGCUAGAUCAGCUGACGACGGUGGCGUCCGUGCUGCUGAUCAUCUACAAUAGCGCAGGGGAGGCCAUCUCUGGCCUGCCGGGCCUCAUGGACCAUCUCAAGAGCACCGUCAGGGUGCUGCUCUCCGAGAGGCACACACCCUCGUUUAAUGCAGAAGAGGCCUUUGCCACCAUAGGGGAGCGGAUGUGUGUGGAGCUGGAGGAGUGCCUGUCCAAGCACGCUUUCUCUCCUUUCUCAUGCGACCGGCAGAGUGCUUUGAAGGGCCAGAUUGCAGCAGUGAAAUGCCCUGACAAUCCCAUUUUGAAGCUCAUAGACUCGCGCAUACAGACCUACCUUAUGGCGUUUCUGGAGUACAGCCCCCACAGGAGUCCCGUGGCCAUGCCAGGAGGCCUGGCGCCCAUCAGCAAAGAGCUGGAAGACCUGGCCGUGCGGCUGGGGCGCCUGGUGAACUUCAACAAGCUGGUCUACUCCCCUUUUUACCAGGACCUCCUCCAGGACAUCUUGGGCGACGAGGGAAGCACCACCACAGUGGAGACCUGAGCAGCAGCAUGGGUCAUUGGCAGUGAUGGGCAAAAUGGAUUCAUCACCGGUAGUUACAAUCCAGUGCCACAUAUCGAAGUGAAAAGUGAAAGCCCACCUGGGAAACUCCAACUCCCAUUGUCAUUGUGACACAGCACUCCACAGCACACAAGUAUACACUGCACACAACGAAAUUGCAUUUUAUGUCUCACCCGUGCAAGGGGGCAGCCCCUAAUGGCGCCUCAACUAGGAGUGACAAGCAGCAGGACGGUACCAUGCUCAGGGUACCUCAGUCAUGGAGGAGGAUGGGGGAUGUCCAAUUCAACCAGGUGAUCGUUCAACCAGUCAAUCACCUGGCUGAAUUGGACAGGUAAAACCAAGUCAUGUUAUCACAUAUUAUGUGGAACUAGAUUGUUACUAAUGAAUCCAUUUUGAACAUGACUGGUCACUUUGAACCAGUUGAACCCCAUUUAGCCAGGCUUAUCAACCCCUCAGUCCAGUUACCCGCCCUUAUGUUGUCUCACCUCUGAGGCAGCAGAACGCUGACAAGCCCACCUGCAUCGCCUAUACUCUUAGAAUCUACUCCCUCUGACUAUGUGUAUUAUACACUUGCUGCAAAGUGGACUGCUGGAAGUUGACAUUCCUGAAUUUGUAAAAGGCUAAAUGAGAUUUUAGAUUCACUUAGUAGUAAAUAAGCAUUUGUAUUUGACAGGAUGAGAAUUACAGGGGUUAAAAGUAAGGUGUUGAUGUAAUUGACUGGUGCCUUAGCGUGCUUUGCUUCUGUCCAUCCUCAGCUGAUUAAUUUAGUUUUAAUGCCAAGAGAGAGAGAGAGAUGAUACUGUAUUCCCACCAAAUGCCCUCUAUGUGUGCGAGUCAUGAAAAUAAUGGUAACAGAGAACAAACUGUGUCUUUGCACUGCUGCCCCCACACAGAAUCGUCUGAAACCCUGUAGGUCACUGUGUUCAUCUCAUACUGUAUCUGUGGCCAUGCUAUGUAGUUUUAUUGGGCCAUCACAAAUCAAUGCUUUCUUGCUGAUGAGAAUACCGAUACACUGGGUGGGAAUUAUUACGGCAAAGAAAAGGAGUUACAGGUCAGCAACAGAGGAUGUUGCAUACCGAUUGUAUUGUUUUGCUAUUUCCGAGUACAGUUAUGUCUGAAGUAAUGACAAAAACGCUUGCCAAGAGCAAGUGGAUUAUACUGAACGGUAGAUUUUUUAACCACAUUUGUAAAGCAAAAUGUUUUCAGUUGAUAUUUAAACUUAUUUUGUACUUGUUUGCUGUGUUGAAUGUCCGGUUGUUUUGCACUUAUUUAUUGGUCACUAUAAAAUUGAGUGAGCACUGUGUGCUACAUUAUUUUGCUAGUUUCUGGAAAUCAUUAACAGUUAUCGCUGCAAUAAUACAAACAUGGCGUUUAAACCAUAUGGGAAAAUCCUAAUAAAUAUGUCUGCAACAUCA